CUAGUAGGUCAAUAAUGUCCUGUUUCCUCUCACCUUCCUAAAUCCACAACUACCUUCUUUCUCCAUAUAAAACAUCCCAAAACAAUCCUUUUUCCAUUCAUCUUUCAUCAGCCAACCUCAAAUCAAAGACACCCACCCACUCCAUAUAUACAUUCACACAACAAUCACAAUAACAACACCAGCAGCAUCAUCUUGCAGAACCAAUAACAGUUUUAAUCCGUAUGGAAGUGGUGGCAGCAAUGCCGCCGGAAAAAAACUUCCACACAGAAACUGCAUCAAGCACCCCUUAUGUCAGCGCACCGUCGAGUCCCCGUGCCGGUGGCUUCGACUACCUCUAUCACUACACAAGCGCCCCAGCAAGUCCCACCCGCAUCACCGCUAUCUAUUCUCUUAAUUACCAACCUGAUGAACAUGAUCAUGAUCAUUUUCCGGUCGAAGAUAAUGACUUUGAGUUCAACUUCAGCGGUCAGCUCCAGAAAGGAGCUUUACCUCCAGAGCUUACAGCUGCCGAUGAGCUCUUCGAAGCCGGCAAGUUCAAAACAACAAUGAAACAACCAAAGAGCCCUCAAAGUCACUCAAGAACAAGUGUCAAUGAUUUUAGAAGAGAUAAUCAAAGAGCCAAGUCGAAUUCUUCAAGAGCUAGAUCUUUAUCUCCUCUCAGAAAUCAAGUUCCUAGCCGAAAAGACAACAGCACAUACAUUUCAUCUUCAUCUUCCUCCAAAUCCAGUUCAAUUGUGUCAUUUCUUAGAAAUGCCGGCAACGGAAGCAAGAAAUGGAGGUUGAAGGAUUUGUUAUUGUUUAGAAGUGCUUCCGAAGGAAGAGUUACUGGUAGAGGAAGUAAGGAUCCUUUGAGGAAGUACACUGCAAUAUCUCCACCUUUGCCUACAAAACGAAGUUCAAAAGGAGAUGAUUCAAAAGGAGAUGAUUCAAAGAGCUCGAGUUUUCGCUCGACCGAUAGUGGCGGCUCUGUAAGAAAAGGAUCUGUAUCACCGCAUGAGUUGCACUAUACCACCAACCGUGCCGCUUCCGAAGAACUCAAGAAGAAGACGCCGUUGCCUUACCGACAAGGCUUGUUUGGAUGUCUUCGAUUCAAUCCUGCAGUUACUGCCAUUUCUCGCAGUUUUAAUAACCAAUCUUUGAGUUGAUGAAUGAUGGUAUAUGGAUCUAUUCCUUGUUUAGACCGGUAUUUUAUACAUUCUUGUAAUUCUUUCAUUUUGUUUUGUGAACUAUCUGUGAAACAUUUAUGUUUAUUGUGAUUAAUUAUAAGGUUCUUGCAGAUGGAACAAUUGAUGAUUAGAUCCUUUGUACCUGUUGAAUGUCUAAUUGGUUUUGACAAUUCAAAUAUGUGUUGCUUUGGAAACAAGUUUGAAUUGUGAUUGCAUUGAGAUGGGCUGAUUGAAGACGCUAUCAAUUGAGGACAAGAUAAAUAUAAGUGAAAAAUGUCUUCGGCUCAGAAUAAAUUAUUUAUAUGAAAGAUGGAUAAAAACAAUGAUGAUUAUGUGGUUCUGAUUGCAAGGCUUUUUUU